UGGUCAUCAAAAGCCCUAACAAAAACCUCCCCACCUGCGGCCGCCGCUCGCGUCCCAUCUCUCCCUCUCUCCUCCCACCCAUGGCCGCCGCCGCCGACCGCCUCCUCCACCUCCUCCGCGCCGCGCCUGCUUCCCCGGCCCCCGCCGCCGUCCCGUCGUCCCGCACCCGAGCCACCUUCUACCACCAGCCGCGGAGCCUCCGCCUGGCGGCAGGGGCAUCCGGUAUGCGCCGCGUUGCCGUGGCCUGCAGCUCCGCGGGCGCGGGCGGGAGCGGGGUCGAGGGCGAUGAGGAGGGGAUGACGUACAAGGGCGCCGGCGUGGAUAUCGACGCCGGGACGGAGCUCGUCCGCCGCAUCGGCAGGUUGGCUCCAGCGAUAGGCGGCUUCGGUGGCCUCUUCCCCUUCGGUGACCAAUUUCUUGUUGCUGGAACCGAUGGAGUCGGGACGAAGCUCAAGCUUGCGUUUGAAACUGGUAUCCAUGACACAAUUGGGAUUGAUCUGGUGGCUAUGAGUGUUAAUGACAUUGUGACUUCGGGUGCAAAACCACUGUUCUUCCUAGACUACUAUGCUACGAGCAAGCUCGACGUUGAUCUAGCAGAGAAGGUUAUCAAGGGGAUUGUCGAUGGAUGCCGGCAAUCAGAUUGUGCUCUGCUAGGAGGAGAGACAGCAGAAAUGCCUGAUUUCUAUAAAGAAGGUGAAUAUGAUCUAAGUGGCUUUGCUGUGGGUGCUGUUAAGAAGGAUAAGGUCAUCGAUGGUAAAAAUAUCAUGGAGGGAGAUAUCAUCAUUGGUCUUCCUUCUAGUGGGGUUCAUUCUAACGGGUUCUCCCUUGCUAGAAGAGUACUGGAGAAAAGUGGACUUUCGUUGAAUGACCAGCUCCCCAGAAAUGAUGGCAUGAUAACUACUGUUGGUGAAGCUCUCAUGGCACCAACUGUUAUCUAUGUUAAGCAGGUGCUCGAGAUUAUUAACAAGGGUGGUGUAAAAGGAAUAGCCCAUAUUACUGGUGGUGGCUUCACCGAUAAUAUCCCAAGAGUAUUUCCUUCUGGACUUGGGGCAAAGAUUUUUACUGCAGCAUGGGAAGUGCCACCUGUAUUCAGGUGGAUUCAAGAGGUUGGAAAAAUUGAAGAUGCAGAGAUGAGGCGCACGUUCAACAUGGGAAUUGGAAUGGUCCUUGUGGUAAGCAAAGAAGCAGCUGAUGGAAUUCUCGAAGGUACCCAUGGACCGAACCACGCAUAUCGCAUUGGAGAGGUGAUCAGUGGUGAAGGAGUCCACUACGUCUGAUCUAAUUAAUGAUCUUUAUAAUGCUUUGAGUAGUUUGAGGUUUGUUCAUCCGACAGGCAAACCAGCCUAAUUUUUGUAAUCGCAUAACAUAAAGGGGGCCAAGUCCUGGAGCAACAGUGAGUUUAGUCCUGUAAGAUAAGAAAACAUGGGGCGUACUCCUUUUAGUUCCACAUGAGAACUUGCCCCCAAACGGCAGAACCUAUUAUUUGGACUUGCAUCUACGAGAGGUGUCAUCUUAUUAAAAUGUUCUUGCA